CUGCUCCGUGGGUACUGCCAGGGGAAGAGGAGGAGGAGAAAGAGGAGGAAGGAGGAGGCGUUGAUGGCAGUAGGGUCCUGUGACAGCAGCUGAACCGAAGGCACGGUAUGUGGGUCGCUCGGGGUUUGGCGGCUUCUGCUCGUGGUUCCUUGUUUGUUUGGCUGUUUCGUUUGUGUUUUGGAAGGACAGCAGAAGGUCCGUGUGGAGGAAAUGGGGACCUUCUGCCCAGCGCCAUGAGGACAAGCUGCUGCAGUCACCUGCCAGGAGUCCCACCGGAGCACCCGCUGGCUCCUGAGGGCAAGGCCCUGCCUGGUGGCAGCGGUGCCCCAACCAGCAGCUGCCCUCAAUAUGUCAUGCAGGUGUCGUCCAAAGAUGGGCAGCUGCUCUCCUCCAUUGUGAGGAUGCUUGUGACACAGAGCAGCCCCUUCAAUGACCGACCUAUCUGCAGGAUAUGCCAUGAGGGCAGCAGCCACGAGGGCCUACUGUCCCCCUGUGAAUGUACAGGGAUCCUGGGGACCAUUCACCGCACCUCCCUGGAGCACUGGCUGUCCUUUUCAAACACCAGCUACUGUGAACUCUGCCACUUCAGGUUUGCAGUGGAGCGCAAACCCAGGCCACUGGUGGAGUGGCUGAGGAACCCAGGCCCCCAGCAUGAGAGGAGGACUCUCUUUGGAGACAUGGUGUGCUUCUUGUUUAUCACCCCACUGGCGACCGUCUCUGGCUGGUUAUGUCUGCAAGGAGCAGUGGACCAUCUGCACUUUCGUAGUAGGCUAGAAGCUGUUGGCCUCAUUGCACUCACUGUGGCACUCUUCACUAUUUACCUCUUUUGGACCCUAGUGUCCUUCAGGUAUUACUGCAGGCUCUACAUCGAAUGGCGUCAGACCAAUCAGAGGGUGAUUCUGCUCACCCCAAAGUCUGCCCUGGUGCCCCACAAGCAGCAGUCCCUGCUGGGCCUACAGCCCCUCAAAAGGAACUCAAAGGAGACAAUAGUUUGAUUUGGGCAGUUCUGCACACGGGCCAGGCACUAAGAAUAUUUUCCUUAAACUCAGACACUGCCCAGAGCCCAGGAGUGUGCUAUUCCCAUCUCCAAAUUCUUUGCAGAGGAUUGAACUACUGUUUCAAUCCAAAUCAUGGAUGCUGCAAUCGUAUGAUAUUUGCUAAACUGCCAAACUUGUUUAUUUAGCAGGUACUGUAUGGAUUCUACAAAUUUGUGUUAAUUCUUGCAUCAUCUCUUUUUAUUGUUUAAAGUAUUAAACGGUGACAAUUAACAAUGCACAACAGGUUUUAAAAGUGCUUUGUUUUUAUAAUUUCAUAUUCCUACAGUAUUAUUUCUUUAGGUAGCUAGACAGUAACCAAUAUUGCAUUGUUUCCAAAAGUACAGCAAUGGCAUUCCCUCAAUUUUAGCUGCAGGUCCAUUAUACCAAUAUUUGGAUUAUUAAAUUUUGUCUGUAAUGAGUUCUACAAACUUAUAUAUUAUUUAAAUGCUGUAAAGUGAUUAGAAAAAUA